AUGUCAAGACUAGAACUAUACUCACAAGAAGGUCUCCGUAUGGAUGGUAGAAGAUGGAAUGAACUUCGUCGUUUUGAUUGUCGUAUCAAUACACAUCCAAAUUCAUCAGAUGGUUCAUCAUAUGUUGAACAAGGUAAUUCCAAGAUCGUUUGUAUCGUUAAUGGACCAAUGGAACCUCCAACAAAAGCCCAAUUAUCUACAACUGGUGCUACAUUAAAUUUAAAUUUAAAUGUUACUCCAUUUAGUUCAAUUGAUCGUAAAAAAAGAUCAAAAAAUGAAAGAAGAAUUCAAGAAAUUAUAACUUCAUUGAAAAGAACCUUUGAACAAUCAAUAAUUAUAGAUAAAUAUCCAAGAACUACUAUUUCCAUUAAUGUUCAUGUUUUGUCAUUAGAUGGUGGUCUUAUAUCUUCAAUUACAAAUGCUAUAACGUUGGCACUUAUAGAUGCAGGUAUUGCAAUGUAUGAAUAUAUUAGUGCAGUUUCAGCAGGUUGGUAUGAUAAUACACCAUUAUUAGAUUUAAAUUCACUAGAAGAAAAAGAUGUUUCAUAUUUAACUUUAGCUGUUGUUGGUAAAAGUGAAAAAUUAGCUUUAUUAAUUUUAGAAAAUAAAAUACCCUUGGAUCAAUUAGAAUCUGUUUUAGCUAUUGCAAUUGCUGGAGGUCAUAGAAUUAGAGAUAUUAUGGAUAAAGAAGUUAGAAGACAUGGUGAACUACGGUUAUCAAAAGUUUCAAAUAAAUGA